AAAUUUUUGAACACAACUGUCAAAGCUGGAAUUUCGCGCGCUUCGAUCAGCUGUUGGGCACAUGACAUUUGAUUCAACAUGUCUGACGUGCCUGCAGAAGCCCCAGAACAUUGUCCCGGAACUGAAAGCGAAAGUGCUGGUAAAGGUUCGGCAUGUGCUGGUUGCCCGAAUCAAAGUAUAUGUGCAUCGGGUGCAACAAAGCAAGAAGACCCUGGAAAAGCUCUUGUCAAAGAAAGAUUAUCUUCAGUGAAAAAUAAAAUUCUUAUUCUCUCGGGUAAAGGCGGAGUUGGAAAAAGUACAAUCACCUCUCUUAUAUCUCGAGGUUUGGCUGAUGACAACAUCAACAGAAAUGUCGCAGUGUUGGAUAUAGAUAUCUGUGGACCUUCACAACCGAGAGUUUUGGGCGUUAUUGGAGAACAAGUACAUCAAAGUGGAUCAGGAUGGUCGCCUGUUUUUGUAGAAGAGAAUUUGUCAGUGAUGUCCAUUGGAUUCAUACUUCAAAAUACAGCCGACGCGGUUAUUUGGCGGGGACCGAAGAAAAAUGGUAUGAUAAGACAAUUUCUCUCAGAAGUCGAUUGGGGAGAUUUGGACUAUUUGAUUCUGGACACACCACCCGGAACAUCCGAUGAGCAUUUAUCUGUUUCGACAUAUUUGAAAGAAGUGGGAAUAACCGGAGCUAUUAUAGUUACAACUCCGCAGGAAGUCGCCUUAUUGGAUGUCAGGAAGGAAAUUAAUUUUUGCGAAAAAGUUAGCAUCCCCAUUUUAGGAGUCGUGGAAAAUAUGAGUAUCUUCGUCUGUCCUAAAUGCGAGACGCCUUCAGAAAUAUUUCCCGCACUGACUGGCGGUGGGAAAAAAUUGUCGGAAGAAUUCAAUAUCGAAUUUUUAGGUUCACUACCUUUAGAUCCACUUUUAGCGAGAUGUUGCGAUGAGGGAAAAAAUUUUCUAACCGAAGUUCCGAAUUCUCCAGUGAUACCUGUUUUGAAAUCAAUAGUACAAAAAAUUGUAAAAAAAUGCGAAGCUGCAGAAGAAAAGAGCACAUGAAUUAGAGGAAACAAAGUUUUACACUAAUUUUAAAGAGUUUUUUAAUUUUUUAAACUUGCAAUGUGAUUAUUUGUUGAAAUACAUGAUAAAAGUUUACUAUUUUGAUA